ACACUAUACACAGUUUUGAUUUUUGUUUUGUUUUUUCACCACCACCUUCUUCCCCCAAAGAAAAGAUUUGGGGGGAUUUUACCAAGUCCCCUCUGUGGACUCUGCAAAUUCCAACCACCGCCACCACCUUGGCGGCGUUCUCAGUUUAAACUGUCAAGUUUUACCCAUCAACGAUGGUGAGCUUAAGAAGGCGCAGGCUCUUGGGACUAUGCUCUGGGAGAAGUUCUUUUCUAACUCCACUUCCUUUGUUUUGUGACAAUGCAAAACCUGAUAGCGUCCAUCCCAUGCCUUCGAAAGACAGAAAUCUGCCAGAUGGGAUUACUGGUGCAAAAACAGAACCUUUAUCAUCUACAGCAUAUGGUUCUAGCUUGGCAAAAGAGCAACCUCAAAAAUACGUUCCAGGGCCACCAAUUAAACGCAGAAAACGACAUCGCAGAAAGCAUAUUCAUAACCAAGAACCAUGUCUAAUGAGAGGUGUCUAUUUCAAGAAUAUGAAAUGGCAGGCAGCAAUUAAGGUUGACAAGAAACAAAUUCACUUGGGCACUGUUGGUUCACAAGAAGAGGCUGCUCAUUUGUAUGAUAGGGCUGCUUUCAUGUGUGGGAGGGAGCCAAAUUUUGAGCUUCCUGAAGAGGAGAAGCAAGAACUGAUGAAGUUCAAGUGGGAUGAAUUCUUGGCGGUGACACGUCACUCCAUUAAUAACAAAAAGCUCAAGAAGUGGCAGUGGUCUGCCUCAGAAAAGAGGUCUGAGACGCCUCCAUUACAAGAUGGUGACUGGGAUGACAAGCAAGAAGUAAAUGUUUUGUCAACUUCGGAAGAUGGGGAGGAAGACAGAUGAGUCCCUUGAUCAUAAUGGUUCAAGGACAAUGCUUAAGAUUUCCGGUUCUAACAGUUAAGUGCUAGCUGAUAGUCCUCCAUUUUUUAAAGUAUAAAGGCCCAUAUUAGGGCAAAGAUGGUAGUUUUCAUUAUCUUGAUUAGGCAAAUGCCCAGUAAGUAGUUUCAGAUUAGAAGCAUCAUAGUGGUCAUUUGCCGUUGGUUCAAAUGAACCAGUUCUACGAGAAUCUAUUAAUUUAUUAAAUGCUGUUCGCUGCUCAGCGGACGAAUAAUGCUCUGAGAAAUUUCAUUCGAAGAAGAAACAUGAUGCGAAGUUUACCUAUUUGGUUAUUUCUAUGCUCCAUUCAAAUAGCAGUACCUUAACUUUAACAGUACGUUCUCUUACAGUUCUCAGU